UCGAGUCCAAAGGCAUUGAUUUCAUCAGUCACGAAGCACGCUGGUUCGCUAGCUCGGGGGUCGGGGAGGCUGCUGCGUGCUGCGCUGGUGUGUGAGAGGCGGGGGCCGGAGAGUGCGUCCUCGAUUACAAAUCCUCUACACUGGAGCGACUUUCGACGACACCGCUCUCCAUUGGUCUGUCGUCAGGUACGUCGGGAGGAGGCAUUUAUCUCCUUCGGCUUCCGGGUCCGAGUGUGUUGGGCGCUCGGUGGCGAGCAGCACUGCAUCGUUCCAUAGGUCCGACCGAGGGAGGACACCAUUGUAGCAUUUCGCUUUCGGGUCCGAGAGGUUAGACAUUUGAUGGGGAGCGGCACUGCACCGUCGUACGAGGCGUUCCAGUGCCUCAAAUCAUCGUAUGACAGACGAUGAUGGUCUGGUAGGGAGUUCCAGCUCGGUUUGCAGAAGCGGGAGACGCCUCCUCGGUCGGAUUGAAGCUGGAAGCUGGAAGCUGGAGCAGGGGGCUGAGUGGUUGAAUUUGCUUGCGGAGCUGGAGUAGUAGUGCUCGAGCUCAGAAGUACAGGCAGGGAGUCGUAGGUGUGGAUUAAGAUUACUCUGGUUUUGGAGGUUCAUAGCGCAAGGCGGUGGAGAUUUGAAGGUUUUGGGAAGCAGACAGGUGAGGGAGGUUGGGAGGGAGGAAAAGCUCAUUAGGGGGAGAGCUGGUCUAGGGAGGACUGCCGCAUUUGGGUAGAAGGGCAGGCGAGGGAGGGCUAGAUAUGCUCGUGAGACCGAGGAGGUCUAGGAAGCUGGAAAGGUGGCGUAGUAUGACAAUCAUUCGUAAUGAUGGGAUGCUCGUUGUGGCUGCAUUCUUGGUCUUCUGGAGUGGAUGCUUUCUGCAGCACACAGCUGCGCACACCCACCCCGAUGACCAAGCUGCGCUGAAUGCUUUGUCAGACGCAUGGAAUCAAGUGAGUGUCUCGAGCCCCUGGAUUGGGGAUGACGGGUGCGACAGUUAUGUAGGAGUCCUCUGCGACGAAAUCUCCGGACGGGUCACCCAACUGAAUCUGGCGAGUCAGAAUAUUUCAGGAGUCAUACCGCCGGAAAUCGGGAAUUUUCCAAGUCUGGAGUCUCUGGAGUUGUCGAUCAAUCCGCUUCUCACUGGCAAUCUGCCCAAGGAAUUGGGAAAGCUGCUGAACCUGAAGUCUCUGAGCAUACAGCAAUGUGGAAUCACGGGCCCAAUACCGGUGGAGCUGUCGAACUUGUCGAAACUGGAGUUUCUAGCCUUGAACUCCAACAAAAUGCUGGGGGCUCUUCCACACCAGCUGGGGAAGCUGACAAAGUUGUACUGGUUUGAUAUUUCCGUGAAUGGGUUCAGUCAGGCACUGCCAGUGUCUACGGCUAAUAACGAUUCACUUGGCCUAGACACCAUGACCAGUAUUAAGCAUUUCCACUUCAACAACAACUCGCUGAACGGGAAUAUUCCGCAGGAGAUCUUCAACUUGCCUAACCUCAUUCACCUGUUGUUGGACAGCAAUCAACUUUUUGGCACGAUUCCCACCAACGUCUCAAUUGCACCGAUUCAGAUCAUGAGGUUAGAUAACAAUAAGUUGAUCGGGCCAAUUCCAGAAGAAUUUGGCACAAUUAAGAGCCUCACUGAAAUUCACGUAAGCAACAAUGCGCUCACGGGGAUCAUUCCUGAUCUGAGCGCAUGUAAAGAUCUCAGACUUUUGGACACCACCAACAACCAAUUCGAUCCGCAACUGAUACCAGCCUUUUUCACAUCUGGUGGGGUGGGAAUGAACGCACUUCAGACCCUAUACAUGAGAAGUUCCAACUUGGUAGGACCGAUACCUUCGGCAAUCUUUAACCUGCCCAACUUGGAGAAGAUAGACCUGGGCAACAACGGUCUUAAUGGAACUUUGACUUUCGGAAAUGUUGGGCCCUUGCUGCAAAUUGUCGACUUGGAGGGCAACGAGAUUGACGCCAUAGCCGGAACACCGAAGAGGAACGGAGUAAACAGCAAUUUUGAUCAGCUCCUGCUGAAGGGAAACCCACUCUGUACGGAGUCUUUGGUCACAGCCGAACAAUUUUGCGUUGCUGAUCCCGGAACUUCGAUGUAUUGGCCGCAGUCACCUGUCUGCGAUGGUAAAACUUGCACCACCGCCGGACAGUAUCUGGAUGGCUCGACCUGCAGCUGUGGGAACGCUCUGGUUUGCGACAUGAUUCUCAAUUCUCCUCCUUUCCAGGUUUUAGAUGAGGACCACAUCGACGCUCUCGAAGCAGAUCUGGCGGACCUUUUCUCCGAGGACAAGAGAGUCAAGGAAAAGCUUGUUCCUACCCCGGGUCAAACUACAUUGGAUCCACAGCAGCUUUAUAUCGAACGUGCCAAUAUAACCGAGAACAACCGUAUCACUUUUACUGUGGGCAUUUUCCCUCCCAACGGAAGGGAUUGGACUGCAGUCGAAGUCCAAUUCAUUACUACCUUCCUAUUCAAUAAUUCUGUACAUCUUCCUCCCCGUCAAGGACCUUACAAUAUGAUUCGUUUCCAGCAACCAAGAAUGGGUUUGACCUCCAAGAGUUCUCUCGGCCUUGGAGCGUUGAUUGGAAUCAUUGCUGGUGGUGUUGCCGUAUUCGUCAUUGUUCUUCUGAUCGGUUUCUAUGCCUUCAGACAAAAGAGGAGAGCUGAUCGGGCCGAGGUCUUGACAAGGCCCUUUGCUUCAUGGGGCAAUGGAGGAGGUUCGGACAAUGGGGCCGCUCCUCAGUUGAAGGGUGCCAGAUGGUUCUCUGUUAACGAGUUGAAGAAGGCAACGAACAAUUUCAGUGCGAGCAGUCAAAUCGGUGUUGGUGGUUAUGGCAAGGUAUACAAAGCUUUGCUUGCCUCAGGAGAGGUCGUAGCAGUCAAGAGAGCGCAAGAAGGCUCAAUGCAAGGAGCUACGGAGUUCAAGAACGAGAUAGAACUUCUCUCUCGUGUGCACCACAGAAAUCUCGUAGGCCUUGUUGGUUUCUGCUACGAGCACGGAGAGCAAAUGCUGGUGUACGAGUUCAUGUCGUAUGGAACUCUUCGGGACCAUCUACUCGGAAACGUGGGAGAUCAUCUCUCGUGGCAAGCUAGACUCAACAUAGCUCUUGGUUCGGCCAAGGGGCUAUCUUACCUUCACGAGCUCGCCAAUCCUCCCAUCAUUCAUAGGGAUAUCAAAUCCACCAAUAUUCUACUGGACGACAAGAUGACGGCCAAGGUGGCAGAUUUCGGUCUGUCAAAAUUAGCACCAGAUGAUGGUGCCGGCAAGGCCCACGUUUCCACUCAAGUGAAGGGCACCUUGGGUUACUUGGAUCCGGAGUACUACAUGACCCAGAGGCUGUCGGAGAAGAGCGACGUGUACAGCUUCGGGGUGGUGUUGCUGGAGCUCUUGACGGCCCGAGCUCCGAUCGAGAAAGGCAAGUACAUCGUCCGCGAAGUGAGAACUGCUUUGGACAAGGGCGGAAUCGCAGCUCUGCGCCCCAUGUUGGACCGAUUCAUCAACGAGGCUCCAUCGACGGAGCUCGAAGACUUUCUAAGGCUGGCGCUCCAGUGCGUGGAGGAGGCUGCCAAAGAUAGACCGACUAUGAAUGAAGUCGUGAAGGACCUGGAAAGGAUCGGAGGCCACAGUUUCUCAUCGUCCGUGAUGUUGACAGGACCAGACGGAAGGCCGCUGAAAGAUCCUUACAACGACGAGGUUUUCCUGGGCAAGGAAACUCAGUUUCAAUACAGUGGUGGAUUCACAGUGCCAACCGAAGUCAUACCAAAGUAGUGCGCCGAUCGAAUGAACGAGCAGUUUUGGCUUUUUCAUCUUCAAUCUUAGUUCACAUCAUCAUCAUCGUCAUCAUCAUUAUCCGUUAGACCGACUUAAGAUUACAAGUAGGGUAGGCAAGUUCCUCGGAAUAAUUGGUUCUGAGAUUGUAGCUAGUCUAUACCACCUCCUUACUUACAUAUGUCCAAUUCAACCUUCAUACAUGCCAUCCAUGCUGAAGGUUGGGUUGCACUGCAGCCGGUGUGGGUUUCUCUGUGGCCGACCCGCCUCUCGAGAAACCCAGACCGUGAAUGGCUUUACUUCUGUGUGUACAAUAACAGACCGAAGGUGGAUAGCGAAGCAACUUUUGUUGAAGGGAAAACUAGUCUGAACUCCAUGAACAUUGGCUGUCUGAACAUUUGCCUCAGCUCUCGAGAUUUGCAAUCUCUCUCUCUCUCUCUGACACUCCUGUGGCUCCUCUGAAAAGGCGGCUUCUCUGACAAAAAGUGGCCGUAUUUUUUUUAAUGGGACGCAUGUGGGCCUCAAGCUUGUAUUGCGCACGAGUUGAGCAUUCUGCUUUUCAUCGUUGAGGUUGUGAUCUCAAAUCUUUUUCUUGGACAAACAAAUAGCUGAAUAUGACUGACAGCUAUCCG